CUAUUAUCAAUGAUUCCAGAGCUAUUUUAGUUCGUUGAAAAGCCGGUACCACAUGUAGCGAGACCGCGUAACACAACACUCGUGCGAUCUGAAUUGAAAAACUGAUUUACAAUGGUGAAAGUCGAUAUUAAAUAUACCAAGUUGUUCAUCAACAACGAGUGGGUGGACGCGGUCAGCAAGAAGACCUUCCCAACUAUCAACCCUCAAGAUGAAACCGUCAUCAUUCAAGUCGCUGAAGGAGACAAGGCUGACAUUGACAUAGCUGUAGAAGCAGCAGUGAAAGCUUUCCACCGCUACUCCGAAUGGCGACUCCUAGAUGCCUCCCAGAGAGGCAGGCUUCUGCUCAAGUUGGCAGACCUCAUGGAGAGGGACGCCAAAUAUCUUGGGGAGCUAGAAACCCUGGACAAUGGCAAACCUAUCGCCCAUGCGACUGGCGAAGCAAUGUGGUCUGCGCAAAUUCUCAGAUAUUAUGCCGGAAAAGCUGACAAAAUUCUUGGAAAUACUAUUCCAGCUGAUGGCGAGGUGCUUACAAUGACGCUGAAGGAACCAGUAGGAGUGUGUGGCCAAAUCCUACCAUGGAAUUAUCCCAUUCCUAUGUUCGUCUGGAAGAUCGCACCUGCUCUUGCUGCUGGUUGUACCUUGGUUCUCAAGCCUGCAGAACAGACUCCUCUGACAGCUCUUGCAAUGGCAGCACUGGUCAAGGAGGCAGGUUUCCCCGCCGGUGUUGUCAACGUAGUACCCGGUUAUGGCCCAACUGCUGGCGCCGCGCUUACGAGUCAUCCAAAAGUGGACAAAAUUGCCUUCACGGGAUCUACUGAGGUCGGGCGCAUUAUCAUGAAAGGUGCAUCAGAUGUAAAUCUCAAACGUGUUACUCUUGAACUCGGAGGAAAGAGCCCUCUGGUUGUUUUCAAUGAUGCAGAUGUUGAUGAAGCUGCAGAAAUUGCUCACCGAGCAUGCUUUGCUAACGCUGGGCAAUGCUGUGUUGCUGGCACGAGGACAUACGUACAGUCUGGCAUUUACGACAAAUUCGUUGCCAAAGCUGCUGAAAUUGCCAAGAAGAGAACUGUUGGCAACUCCUGGGAAAACGUACAACAGGGGCCUCAGAUUGACUCCGAGAUGUUCAAUAAGGUCAUGGGCUACAUAAACGCUGGGAAGAAAGAAGGUGCGAAAUGUAUCGCUGGUGGUGACAGACUGGGCACAAAAGGAUUCUACAUCCAGCCAACUGUGUUCGCUGACGUCAAGGAGAAUAUGAAAAUCGCAAGAGAAGAAAUCUUUGGGCCUGUACAGAGCAUCCUCAAGUUUGAGACCUUCGAGGAAGUGAUCGACCGCGCCAACGACUCCAACUACGGACUAGGCGCUGGCGUUAUCACUAACGAUGUCGGAACUGCUUUGGCAUUCAUCAGACACAUUCGUGCUGGAUCUGUUUGGGUAAAUACCUAUGAGGUUGUUACACCGCAAACACCAUUCGGAGGAUUCAGAGAAUCCGGCAUCGGCCGCGAAUUAGGAGAGGAUGGAAUCCUGCAGUAUUUGGAGAACAAGACUGUUACUUUGAGCCUGCCGAAGAAGCCACGAGUUUAAAUAUGGAAA